AUAUAUAUAUAUAUUAUAUAACAACAAGAGGUCUCUUGAUAACAUCACAACAUUUAUUCUAAAGUUUAUUGUCCCUGGCAAAGUCUAGGUAAAGCCAAAAAGGCAUUAUUUGACAGUUUUGCAUGUGUUUUACAUUUAUCCAACGAGCUAAACAUCCCUCCCAUUACAACUCACGAUGUAGAGAGAGAAUUUGAGUAACAAAGUAGUUUGAAUGCUCCAUAACCUCAAUGCCAGGUGUGUGUAUAAAUCUCCUGCGUGUACACUAGGAGUUUACAAAAGGGACAAAAACAGACUCCCUCCUGUUCAACAGAAUACAACAUUCAAACUCAAGCUAUUUGCUGGAAGACUCCUGACAAUCCCAUCACUUCACUUCUCAGAUACAUAACUCUGAAUUCAUCACGAUGGAUGAGCUGGAUGAGGCUCAACUGAAGAACCAUGUGGACAGUCUGAAGCAGCAGCUACAGUUUCAAAGAGAGAAAACAUCCGUCUCUCUUCCAGAGUUAACUAAAUGGAUGGAGGAGAAAAUGAAUGAGGAUCCAUUUCUGAAUCCAGAUGUACUGAGGGAGAACCCAUGGGUGGAGUCAAGCAAAUGUGUUAUAAUAUAGAGCUGUCAAUCAUCACUAUGGCAACAGGAAUG